AUGUCCGUGUUCUGGAGCCUGUACGGCGGCCACGACCUGGCCAGCAGCGGCGCGCCCCCGCCGACGCGCAAGGCGGCCUUCAGCAAACACGGCGCACAGCAGGUGCGCUGUUUCCCCGGCAGGCGCGCUGUCAGCUGGAGGGUAUACCCCGAGGACACGGAGGAGGCGCGCCGGCUCGUGCUGGUCGCCAACGACGUGGAGGUGCUGGACCGCAUCACCUCGUCCGACAUGAACAAGUUCCUGUACCAGUAUUCGUCCGAGAGCUGCCCGCGCCAGCUCACUCCAACAUGGCGGCAGCGGCCGGGCCCCUCGCCCGACUCGGACGCGCCCGUGCUCUCCAUCACGCAGCAGGACGCGCCGCUCGGUCCCGGCGAGGACGAGCCGGACGAGGACGAGGACGAGGAGGCCGAGCCGGCGGCCGGCGCGGUGCGGCCGGCCGAGCAGCAUCCCAUCUUCUUCAGGACGUUCACGUUCUCGCCGGAGGUGCUGAUCCGCAUCGACUACCAGGGCAAGCGGGUGGACAUCGGCCAGUUUGGGCCGCUGAUCGGCCUGCUCAUCGGCCUGGGCCAGCUCAACUGCUCCGAGAUUCGGCUGAAGCGCAUCAGCCACAAGAGCGGUUUGCUGGGCCUAGAUCGGCUGGUGCACUUCGCGCUGAACGAGUGGCUCACCGACAUCCGUAGCAACCAGCUGCCGAGCCUGCUGGGCGGCAUCGGACCGCUCCACUCGUUCGUCCAGCUGUUCCAGGGCAUCCGCGACCUGCUCUGGCUUCCGAUCGAGCAGUACCAGAACGGCAGGAUCGUCAAGGGUCUGCAGCGUGGCGCCAACAGCUUCUCCACCUCCACCGCCAUGGCCUUCCUGGAGCUCACCAACCGGCUGGUCGGCUACAUCCAGGGCGCCUCCGAGUUCGCGUACGACAUGAUGUCGCCCGGCCCGUCGGUGCGACAGAAGCGCAAACAGAAGCGGAGCCGGCGGCGCACCUCGAACCUGCCGCAGGACCUGCGUGAGGGUGUUACCCAAGCUUACGAGCUGGUCAAGGAGGGCCUGGGCGAGACGGCGCAGACGCUGGCGCGCGUGGCGGCCGAGGAGCACGACCAGAAGGGCGUGUCGGGCGCCGUGGGUGGCGUUCUGCGCCAGAUCCCGCCCACUGUCGUCAAGCCCCUCCUGCUGGUCUCCGAGGCGACCAGCAACGUGCUGGGCGGCAUGCGCAAUCAGCUGGCGCCUGACGCGCGGCGCGAGGCGAUUGACAAGUGGAAGGCGGCCGAGUGAGCAGCACCGCGGCCGACACGAGCGCCGAGUCGGGCGAGAGCUCAGCUGGCGGGGUGGUGCGCCAGUGCGAAGAGCGCGGGCUUGGAGGCAGGCGGAGGACGGACAAGUGAGGGCUGUGUUUACGAGCCGUUCCCGGCGUGAGCUUUACGGACCGGCGAAGAUUGCUAGGUGACGGUUUGGUUCGGCCAGCGAGUGAGGCGGUGACAGUCGUGAGGCUGACGGUCGGGUGUGCGGGUCGUCGCUGGUGUGAGUUUUACAGUGUCUUGGAAGGCCUGCCGACGCGGCAGCGGUGCGGUCGGUCGGCGCCGGGCCGAGA